AUGCACAUAGCUGUAAUUUCCCAUAAGGAAAUAAUUAUAAUUGACAAAGUUGAGGCGAAUCCCAUUAAGCAAGCAAAUGGUAAUCCAGCGAUUUCCACAUUAUAUAAUAUCGAAACAAAUGAGUACAGAAUUCUCAACCUUCAAUCAGAUACGUUUUGUUCAGCGGGUUCAUGGUUUAGCAACGGAACGCUCCUCCACGCAGGUGGCGCAGAGGUUUCUCUCGGAUAUGAUGCUGGCUAUCAAAGUAUUAGAUUUUACACACCUGGUACGGAAGCCGAUUGGACCGAAAUACCUGCUGGAAUGAGCUCACCUAGAUGGUAUCCAACCAUGGCUACGCUUCCAAGUGGAGAUGUGUUAGUGUUUGGAGGUUCAUUAAAAGGAACUGGAAAAAAUGCUGCCGCCAUUAAUAAUCCAACGUAUGAAAUUUGGCCCGUAGCAGGUGGAAUGCCGGGAAAUACUGUAGAUAUACCAUUAUUAGUAGAAACUUUACCAUUUAAUCUUUACCCAUUCCUUCAUAUUUUGCCAAACAAUAAUGAUAAAACAAUUGCAUUUAUAUUUGCAAACAAACAAGGCAUUCUUUAUAACUUUGAUACUGCUACUGUCGAGAAAACGUUGCCACCAUUACCAGGUUCCAUUAGGUCAUACCCAUUAACUGGUAACUCGGUUUUAUUACCACUUAGACCAUCACAAUAUUAUAAACCAGUUAUUAUGAUUUGCGGAGGUGGAAAUGUAAUGGAUAUUAAAGCUCAGGCCGAAGCAUCGUGUGGUAGAAUUGAUCCAACUGAAGAAGAACCUGCAUGGGAAACAGACGGAUUCGGGGGUGUUGGGCGAAUGAUGCCAGACGUUGUUAUUUUGCCAACUGGAAAACUCUUAUAUUUAAAUGGUGCUGGAGCAGGUUACGCUGGAUAUCAUAAAGGUCCAAAUACGAAUCCCCUUUACGUUGCCGUUAACCCAGUUCUUGCUCCUUCACUUUAUGAUCCUGAAACAAAAGGAUGGUCUCAACUUGCUCCAUCAACCAUUCCAAGAAUGUAUCACUCUGUUGCUACUUUGGUAGCUGAUGGAAGAGUUUUCGUAGCUGGUAGCAACCCACAGGGAAAUGUGAAUUUUAAAUCUGAAUUUCCCACCGAAUAUCGUGUUGAAAUGUUCUCACCUCCAUAUUUAAUGAACGAUUUGGUUCGUCCAAUAAUAACUAGUGUUGGAGAAUAUAAAACACUAAACACUCAAAGAAUUCCGGUAACUUAUGCACAAGAAGUUAUGAUUACCGUUACAACAUUGCAAAAUGAUCCAUUCCUUACAGCAGCUAUAAUUCAUCCUGGAUUCGUUACACAUUCAAACGCUUUUUCACAAAAAUAUGUCAUGUGUAAUAUUUUAUCUGCUGUAUAUGCUGAAGGUUCAACAAAUGAAUUGAUAAUAACUGUUGAAAUGCCACCUAAUCCGACUAUACUUCCACCGGGACCAAGUUAUCUCUAUAUUCUUGAUAACGAUAUUCCUGCAGUGACUGCUGUUGAACUUUUACUUUAUAUUGCUUCUGUAUGA